CCUCCUGCCUGAGCCGGCAGCUCCCUCAGCCCCGGGCGCGCAGCCACCGCCGGAGGAGGAGACCCAGGACCCGCUCCGGCUCCCAGCCAGACCCCGGGCGCUUCCUCCGCCACGCACGUGGGCUGGGAGCCACCGGGGAGCCCGGAGCCCCUUGGCCGCAGCGGCGCCGCCUCCGCCCGGUGCCCGGGCAGCAGCUCGGCAUGGUCGGCAGAGCCGCGGGGUGCGGCCCCGGGGAGAGGAGCUGAGCGCCGCCGGAGGGACGAGGAAAGAGCCGCGCCGAGCCCCGGGGAUUAUUUCCCAGCCCGGGAUGGGGGACUGGAGCCGCCGGCCCCGGGCAGCAGCCAGCGGGUGUCUGCGGGCUGGGAGAGCCGCUGUCCUGGUGCUGCUCCUGGCCCGCUUCUGCCUCAGCGCCGCGGUGGAGGAGAAGAAAGUUUGCCAAGGAACAAGUAACAAGCUGACCCAGCUGGGGAACGUGGAAGACCAUUUCACUAGCCUGCAAAGGAUGUAUAACAAUUGUGAGGUGGUGCUUGGCAAUCUGGAGAUCACGUAUGUGACACGCAAUCAUGAUCUUUCGUUCCUGAAGACCAUACAGGAAGUUGCAGGCUACGUGUUAAUAGCACUCAACAAUGUGGAUAGCAUUCCACUGGACAAUCUCCAGAUCAUCCGAGGAAACGUGCUUUAUGACAACUUUUACGCACUAGCAAUUUUAUCCAAUUAUCAGACAAAUAUAAAUAAAACCAGUGGACUCAGGGAGCUACCAAUGAAACGGUUAUCAGAAAUUCUUAAUGGAGGAGUUAAAAUCAGCAACAAUCCACAACUGUGCAACAUGCAAACAGUUCUGUGGGACGACAUUAUUGAUUUGAACAAAACACCUGCAAUGCUGUUGGAUUAUCAAAAUAAUCUGACUGAUUGUUCUAAGUGUCAUGCAAAUUGUACAGAAGACCACUGUUGGGGUGCCGGCAUAGAGAACUGCCAGACAUUAACAAAAGUCAUCUGUGCCCAGCAAUGUUCAGGCCGAUGCAGAGGAAGGGUGCCCAGUGACUGUUGUCAUAACCAGUGUGCUGCUGGGUGUACAGGACCUCGUGAGAGUGACUGCCUGGCAUGCCGCAAGUUUCGGGAUGAAGCAACGUGCAAGGAUACUUGUCCACCAUUAGUGCUGUACAACCCGACCACCUAUCAGAUGGAUGUCAAUCCAGAUGGAAAAUAUAGCUUUGGAGCCACUUGCGUGAAAGAAUGUCCACAUAACUACGUGGUGACAGACCAUGGCUCCUGUGUUCGCUCGUGUAAUGUCGAUACCUAUGAAGUGGAAGAAAACGGUGUUCGGAAAUGUAAAAAAUGUGACGGGGUGUGUAGCAAAGUCUGCAAUGGGAUUGGAAUAGGUGAACUGAAAGGGAUUCUCUCCAUAAAUGCUACAAACAUUGACUCUUUCAAAAAUUGUACCAAGAUCAACGGGGAUGUCAGCAUUCUGCCAGUAGCAUUUCUAGGUGAUCUCUUCACCAAAACACAACCACUGGACCCAAAGAAACUGGAUAUCUUCAAAACCGUAAAAGAAAUAUCAGGAUUUUUGUUGAUUCAAGCCUGGCCUGAAAAUGCCACAGAUCUCUAUGCUUUUGAAAAUCUGGAGAUUAUACGAGGCAGAACAAAGCAACAUGGUCAGUAUUCUCUUGCCAUUGUUAACCUAAAGAUACACUCUCUGGGAUUGCGCUCCCUCAAGGAAAUAAGUGAUGGUGAUGUCGCCAUUAUGAAAAACCAGAACCUCUGCUAUGCUGAGACAAUGAACUGGAAUAAACUCUUUGUGACAGAAACUCAGAAAACAAAAAUCGUAUCCAACAGAAAUAAAGAUGAAUGCACCGCUGAGGAACACGUUUGUGACCCCUUGUGCUCAGAAGUAGGCUGCUGGGGUCCAGGGCCAUUCCAUUGCUUUUCCUGUCAUCAUUUCAGUCGCCAAAGGGAAUGUGUGAAAAAAUGCAAUGUUAUGCAAGGGGAGCCAAGAGAAUUUGAAAGAAAAUCUGAAUGCCUUCAGUGUCACCCAGAAUGCCUGGUGCAAAAUUCAACUGUGUACAAUGCAACCUGCAGAGGACCUGGUCCGGACAACUGCAUAAAGUGUGCCCAUUAUAUAGAUGGCCCUCACUGUGUUAAAUCCUGCCCUGCUGGAGUUUUGGGUGAAAAUGAUACCUUAGUCUGGAAAUACGCAGAUGAAAACUCAGUGUGUCAGCUCUGUCAUCCGAAUUGUACCCGUGGGUGCAAAGGACCAGGUCUUGAAGGCUGUCCAUUGGGCUCCAAAAUCCCAUCCAUUGCAGCUGGUGUUGUUGGAAGUAUCCUUUGUUUGGUUGUGAUAGCCUUGGUCAUAGGGCUUUAUAUGCGCAGACGUCACAUUGUUAGAAAGCGUACAUUGCGCAGGCUGCUUCAGGAAAGGGAGCUUGUUGAACCUCUAACACCCAGUGGCGAGGCGCCAAACCAAGCUCUUCUGAGGAUUCUAAAGGAAACAGAAUUUAAAAAGGUCAAAGUUCUAGGCUCUGGAGCUUUUGGUACAGUUUAUAAGGGUCUCUGGAUUCCAGAAGGAGAGAAGGUUAAAAUUCCUGUUGCUAUUAAGGAAUUGAGAGAGGCUACCUCCCCAAAAGCCAACAAGGAAAUACUUGAUGAAGCUUACGUGAUGGCUAGCGUUGACAAUCCCCAUGUGUGCCGCUUGCUGGGAAUCUGCCUUACUUCUACUGUCCAGCUUAUCACACAGCUUAUGCCUUUUGGCUGCCUCCUUGACUACAUCCGAGAGCACAAGGACAACAUUGGCUCCCAGUACCUUCUCAACUGGUGUGUGCAGAUUGCAAAGGGAAUGAGCUACUUAGAAGAACGUCGCUUGGUGCACCGUGAUCUGGCUGCCCGGAAUGUCCUUGUGAAGACUCCUCAACAUGUGAAGAUCACUGACUUUGGACUGGCAAAACUGCUUGGUGCUGAGGAAAAAGAGUACCAUGCAGAAGGAGGCAAAGUUCCUAUCAAAUGGAUGGCUUUGGAGUCCAUUUUACACCGAAUCUACACCCAUCAAAGUGAUGUCUGGAGUUAUGGUGUCACAGUUUGGGAAUUAAUGACAUUUGGAUCAAAACCGUAUGAUGGGAUCCCAGCCAGUGAGAUUUCAUCUGUCUUGGAGAAGGGCGAGCGUUUGCCUCAGCCUCCUAUCUGUACUAUUGAUGUCUAUAUGAUCAUGGUCAAAUGCUGGAUGAUAGAUGCAGACAGUCGCCCCAAGUUUCGUGAGCUGAUAUCAGAAUUCUCCAAAAUGGCUCGAGACCCUCAGCGCUAUCUUGUUAUACAGGGAGAUGAAAGAAUGCAUUUGCCAAGCCCUACAGACUCCAAGUUUUAUCGGACCUUGAUGGAAGAGGAGGACAUGGAAGACAUUGUUGAUGCAGACGAGUACCUCAUUCCACACCAGGGAUUUUUCAACAGCCCCUCCACAUCCCGGACUCCCCUCUUGAGUUCAUUGAGUGCUACUAGCAACAAUUCAACCACAACCUGCAUUGAUAGAAAUGGGGGAUACCCCGUGAGGGACGACAGCUUUGUCCAGCGCUACAGUUCAGAUCCAACUGGCAUCUUCUUGGAAGACAGCAUAGAUGAUGGCUUCCUGCCUGCUCCAGAAUAUGUCAAUCAGUCAAUCCCCAAAAAACCAUCAGCAUUUGUAGUACAGAAUCCAAUCUACAACAACGUCUCCCUCCCAGUAAACCCAAAUCCCGCUCCAGCUUCAAGCUAUCAGAAUUCCCACAGCACAGCAGUGGACAACCCAGAGUAUCUCAACACAAACCAGUCUCCUUUUGUCAAAACGGUUUUUGAAAGCUCCCCCUACUGGGACCAAACAGCCAAUCACCAAAUAAAUCUGGACAAUCCUGACUACCAACAGGACUACUUUCCUAAGGAAACUAAGCCUAAUGGCAUCUUUAAAGUUCCUGCAGCAGAAAAUCCUGAAUACUUAAGGGUAGCAGCACCAAAAACUGAAUACAUUGAAGCCUCAGCAUGACCACAGAAAAAUUCUCUCUUCUUGCAGUAAUACAAACUAAAAUCCAGAUGAACAACCUGGCUGCUGCAGGAUCAAGCUAUGAACUGACAGACGAGUAAUCACAAUUCACUGACAGACACGCUUUUCCUUUCAAGCUGGUGGACUGAAUUCACCAAGCUGAUUUUACUAUAUAUUUUGGGCUUUUCCUUGGCCAUUCACAUACAUAACUUAGGCACAUACCAUACACAUGCAUGCAUGUUGGACUAGAGCAAGAACUUCCUGCAGAUAAGAAAUUGCAGAUGCAUUCCUUCUGUUUUCAAAUGGUAGCAUUAUAAAAACCAAUUUGGAAUUAACUGUAAGAAUUCCUUUCUACAAUGCCUAUUUUUAUAAACAUUUCUAAUGGAAUUUUUGGAUCUUUUACAAGAUGAGACACUUGCUUGUUGUACUGUUGUGUGACUCUCGGAUCACGAGGGGAAAAAAAAAGCAAUACAUUAUUAAAUCCUUUUCAAACUCUUGAAAGAUGGAUAGCUGUUCCAAAUGAUUGGAUCUUAAAUAUUGACUUCAUUUACUGUACUGGUACAAACAGGAAAAAAAUGAGUCAGAGAGAAGUGUGGAGAUUCUGCUGAUGAAGUGGUUUUUAUUGGUGAAUUGGUGAAAUUUUAUAACCCACAGUGUAUUUAGCACAAGGACUGGAUGGCAGCACACAUUAUUUUACUGUGGAGAUUCUGCUGAUGAAGUGGUUUUUAUUGGUGAAUUGGUGAAAUUUUAUAACCCACAGUGUAUUUAGCACAAGGACUGGAUGGCAGCACACAUUACUUUACUGACCGCUACUCUUGGAGUCCAGCAGGAAGAACACAGCAUACAGAAGAGUUGUUUGUAAAUGUUUAUAAAGUACUCACAAGUCUGUUUUCUGUAUGUUGAAUGCAAGCCUUUCUUUUUUCCAUUCCACUGGUUAGCUGUAGAUUUGUCAAAUUACAUUUCUAACAAAAUUUUUAAAGAUGUUGCUAUGACUGAAAAAUGAAGUGUCAAUUCCCUUUGUCUCAAUCGCAUUGGGACAAACUUUCCCUAAAGGGCAAGGAAAUGCAAAAGGUGUUAAUUGGGUUAUUUGUGAGAGCUGGUGAUCCGAAUGCAACUGCACAAAAUUAAACUUGGCUCAGACAAAAAUGCAAAAAAUGCAACCAAAGGAAAUGAGAUUGUUUGUUUUUGUUUUGUUUGUUUAAGUGGCUCAGUAAAAAAAAAAAUUUUCCCUGUAUAAAAAUUGCAAAGAAAAGGGGGGGAAAUAUACCACUAUACUCUGUUAAACUUGUGGCAGAAUAUUGCCAAUUGCUGUAUCACUGUGCAGGAAUCUGUUGUCUCUUACAUGACUACAGCUGCUGUGUUAGGGUGGUCUUCUUUUAUGCUAGGUACAAAGAAAAUACAGUAAUAAUGCAUCAAAGAGGAAAAAGAAUAGUCUGAAGUGUUUGAAUGCAAUUGCUUAGUUUACUAUUCUGAAAUUGGGGGCUGGGAAUGCCACAGGCCUCUUUGAAGUCCAAGCCUGGUUGUCUAAUUGUCACUGUGGAAUAAUCCAAAUCAAUAUUUGAUUUAAUAAUAAAUAUACAAUAUAUCUAUUGUAUAUAAAACCAUUGUAGCACAAAAAGUUAGAGAUUGGUUCUCUUUAAGUUGUGUGUAGUUUUUAAAACUCCUGAAGUUCUUUUAAUACCUUUUGAUAACAUUUUUGCUGUCUUCUUUGAAAGGAGUAGGAAAAAAAUAGUUAAAGCAUUGAUUCAAAGAGUAAUAGUAAUAUGGAGCCAUCCCUCCACUACCUUGAUGGAAAGAAUAUUUUAGCCAAAUAGUUGGAUCUGAAGCCAGAUUUGAAUCAAGCAAUUUGCAUGCUAAGAUCCAUAAUUAAUAGUUAAUCAUUGGAAAAUUACUUGAGAUGACAUAAAAACUGUAACAGAAAAUAUGUAACAUUUAUACUUGAGACAUCAAUGCAACCUAUAGCAUCAGGGAAUGGUCAAAUUUCACUUCUCCUCCACUAUGUUUGGAAUACCUCAAUGUAAAUUCCAGCUGAAAUAUUGCAUUUGUAUCCAGGAUCAGGACCAAAGCCCUUAAAAUGUUGUCAUGGCAGGUUUGUUUGAGGAGGGGAAAUGAAGACUGGCAGUGUAAAAUAUCUCAUGUUAGAUCAAUGCAAUGCAGGCUGCCAUUGAAAACCAGGACACGUAUAAUAAUGUAUCGCGAACAGUACAGAGUCUAGAGCCGGAGACCAAAUUUGAUCAAAACACAUUUAUUGUCAUCCUCUUUGGGCACAUCUCACUCACAAUGAUUGGAGCCCAGCCGCAGCCUUACAGAGAAUAGGUAACAACUUGUAUUAUUUCCUUGUAGUUAAAACAUUGAAAAAAAUUCUGCUCUCAAGUACAGUUUACCCCAGAUCUACACUGGUGUACCUGAGAGCAAAAUGUUGUCCCAAUGCCAUGUUCAAAAUGCGCCAGACACACACACGCUCACAUUGACACACACUGUCGUUUUAACAAUCUUUUUUUUAUUUUUUUUCCCCAUUAACAAACUCACAAGGGGAUUGUAUGUUUGUCAAACGACUUUUUAACAGAAAUCAUGGAUAGUUUACUACUCAAAGCAAUACAGUACGGUACAAUACUACAUCUUUUCCUACAGCCUUUCCAACGCCAUUCCCAAAAUGAUUCAGUAACAUUUUUAGCUUUAAAAAUGGUUUAAAAAAAAAAAAAAAAACAGUAGCGCUAAGUUACCAGCAUUAUGUAGCAUGGAAACUAUUUAAUACAGAUUAACCUCUCUACAUUUUUUAAAUGGUUCCUGGAGGACUUUGUAACAUGACCACCAUGAAAGCCAAUGAGAGUCAUGCAGCUAUAUACUUUAAGAGUGUUUAAGAAAUCUAAGGUUGAGUUCUCUUUUUUUUUUAAUUUAUUUAUUGUUUAAUGGAAAACAUAGCAGAGAGAAUAUAGGAGCCAGCUUCUGAUGCAAGAUUGUCUGUAAUUUAUGACCUAUCCUAAUUUAUGUGGUACAGACUCUAGGUUUAUGAACUAACAAUAUUUUUAAAUCUGAUAAAUGUGUCAUGAUUUCCUAAUAUGCAGCCCUAAGUUAUUCAAAGACCAGCAGAAAUAAAGAGCAAUGAGCAUAUUAGCAUAUCAGCUCAGCUUCAUUGUAGCAAACCAUUUCAGUGCUAUUUAAAAUAAGUAAAUAUGUGGUUUAAAUUAUCUGAUUUUUUUUUUCUGGGGCACAUGAAUUGUGCAGCAGCAAAGAUUCCACUUUGUAUUGUAGAGAUCUAAACAAAUCAAUGGGAGUUAUGCGGCACUUUCACCUUGUGGAAUCCCGAUAAACUGCUGUUAUACUGAGUUCAGGACUAAAACCCUUCUUCUGCAUCUCAGGCCAUUUAGUCAGGCCUCUCUAUAGCUGAGAUGAAGGUGAACCAUCUCAGCUGGUAGCAGUCUAAAGUCCCUUAUCCUUUCUGUGGGAAAGUCACUAGAGGGCAACAGUGAGCAUAUGCGCUUGUACACAGUCAUAAAGGCAAUGAUAAACUACACUUCAAGAUCUCCUGCAGAUCAGCUCCCCUAGUGUGCUAGAUUUCAGAGUAAAUUGUACAGUUUCAUAUGAUUAUCAAACAGCAGCGUGUCACCACUCAGUGAUCUACAAUAAAACAAUCAAACAAACCUAAGUGGCCAGUGAAGUAUCACAAAGCCCACAUAGCUUUAUUUGUCCAUAACCAGUUUGCUAGAAGACUUAUGAAUCUAGUCCAACUGAUAUGAAACAGACUGUAGGUAUAAUUGAGCAAUCUUUCACUGGUACCCAAGUUGCUCACUUGUUUUUGUCAAAUGAGGGUAUUAGUUGCUGUGUUGGAAUGGGAUUUCAUGAUUAUUGUAUUAUAGAGAAGGUCUGUAGAACAAGAAAAGGUUUUUAAUUAUAUUUAAAGUGUGAUUCCAGAUGUAUUGUUAUAUAAAUUAUUGCAACAUUAGAGUAGAACCUAAUUAUAACAUAGACUGUAUCUUUUUUUUUUUUUUUUUUUUUUUUUUUUGCAUUUUUCCUGGGCAUUCAGAGUGGUCUCCAUUAUAAAGUGAUCAGAGCUCCUCCAGUUUAAAACUAGGAGAGUAGCUGAAGGAGAAUGUUCUUGCAAUAUCUGAGCAAAACACAGAUUCUAAUUUUGAGCAGUUUGUAAGGAAAUUAAAAUUGCAAGCUGAUUAAUAAGAAGGCAGCACCAAUUAUGCCAUUAUGAUUAAGAGUCUGUCGUCAGGUCCAUUAUAAAAGAGUUUCCCUAAAUACUAAUACAUGAUAGACCAGAACCAUUUUAAAGGGUGCUCUAUCAGGAGUUGUGGGCAUAAAAUGUCUCUUUAAAAAAAUAUGCCUGGAUAGAGAGAGACCUACCAGACCACACCAGCUUUUAAAGGCUCAUAGACUCUCACAUGGGAGGGAGUUUUAAAAUACUGCCUCUAAUUUCUCGCAUAAAGAGGAAUGACACUGAACAGCAUCGUGUGUACUUACCAUACCACAAUCACUAGCUUGGCAACUAAUAUGAAACUAAUGUUAAACUGCUAUUUUUAAACACCACAUUUCAACAUCAUAAAGGUAAACUGCAAAAUACCAGGAAAUUCAAGGUUUAAGUCAGAAUUUUCAAGUUCAUUUGCUGUUUUUCAGUGUUCUGUGUACAGUGCAGUGUACUAUAGCAAACUUGGCUGUAAAUUGUUUUGUACUGGGAAGGAGUUGGCUUGGGAAAGUCUGAAAAUGUUUCAAUAUAUCGUAAGAAGUAAACUUUCUGCAGGGUCCCAUGCCCUUGUCUCACUUCCAAGUGAGGUGAAAUAACCUGAUGAAUUUCUUUGGUCAGAGUACUUUGGACUACAUGGCGCUCCUCACGUUUUUUCAGUCUUUAAGGUUGAUUUGCUGCUCCUUCCUGUUCCAUUCAGCCGAUCUUCAGGGUCCUGAAGUGAUAGAUAGCGUUGCAUUUCCCCUGAAAAGGAAACAAGCCUGCAUGGGAUGGGGUGGCUAUAGGCAGAAUUAUAUAGAGGGACCAUAGCCAGGGAAUCUACACACAAUACAGAUCCACUGGCCCAAAAUUUUCUUACAGGGGAAGCCAUAGCAGUCAUUGCUUACUACUUCAGCUCAGGAUGAUAGCAGCAAUUGAGUGGCCAAGCAGGUGCCCAAUGCCCUACCUGCUGAUUGGGAGGAAAAUCCCCUCAACUUCCACAUAAGUCGGGGGGGAGGGGGGGUUGUGUUUUUUUGUGUUGGUGCAAAACCCAUUUACUCAGGCUUUGUGCUACAAAUGUGAAUUUUAUUCUAUGCAUAGAAGAUCAAGUAUGUGUAUUCCGGAUCCAAUUUAACAGGACCACAAGACUCCAAAUGAUUCAAGCACUUCACAUAGAAGUGCGGGAGGUGUCCUCCAUCUGUUUGGUAAUGAAUAACUGAAUGUCAAUAAGACACUUUGCAUUUCCUGACAAGCAUUCAUUUUUCAGGUUAGAAGUUUAACAUCACCUAUAGCACACAAGCCACUACCUCUUCACUGUCCGCUGGUAAAAUUGCC